AUGCCAGAUUUCUACAAAAAGGUUUACGAAAAUAAUACAGAGCCUGCGGACAAUGACAUAUACCAUGCUGGAGUUUUUCUUGGUAUGAAGAACUUGUCUAUGCUGCGGCUCCGCAUUGGUUGCACGUUUGGAGUAAUUGCUUUGUACGUAUGGGCUGUGGGGAUCUUGGCAGCUGGUCAAUCCUCAACGAUGACAGGUACAUAUGCUGGACAAUUUGCUAUGGAGGGCUUCAUUCAAAUAAGACUACCUCAAUGGAAACGAGUUCUCUUAACCAGGUCCAUCGCUAUGGGUCCAACGCUUUUGGUUGCCAUUUUCAGUGGCGGAAUCAACAAUAUUACGGGUUUUAACGACUUUCUUAAUUGCGUGCAGGUAGAAAACUCUUUGGCUUGCCAUCCUCAAUCCUGA